AUGGACAUUCCUUUAUUCUCCUCUCACCAACCUGUCAUCUAUUGGGGUAUGCCAUGUUCAGCUGCAAGCCAGCCGCCCCUUGUUGCUCCACCUAGCCAGCCGCCACUGGUUGCCCCACCUAGUCAACCGCAACCAGUAGUUCCAGCUAGCACCAGUAUCUCUCCCGUUGCUGCUUCAAGUCCAGCAAGACCUUCUCCACCUGACUUCAGGAAGUCUCCCAGUCCACCCGAAGAUGUUGCUUCCGUUUUCAGCCCUCAAGCUGGUCCCUCGGGGACUGAAGUUUCCACAGAGCUAUUAUUUGAAGAGACUCCUGCCAGCCCGGAGGUGAUGUUGCGACAGUCUCAAAGGACUACACAAGCUGACCGACAGGGGGCUGUAGAUACACCUGCACCCGCGGAGCGUGUGGACCCUGCUCCGGUUCCUCAGUGUGGACCUUCAUCUUCUCCGACUGUUGUUCCUGCGCAGACGGUUCCAGGACUUCAGGAGGUUGUGCCCGACGGCAGAGCUGGAGGGUCGAGCGUGCCCGCCUUUGGUCUGGGGCCUAGUGACAGGAGAUUGAUGCCACUACUGGAAUCAUCGAUGGCGGCCUCUACGUGGUCGGGACAUGAUCCUCCGGUUGCUACGGUGGUGUUCUUGGGCCACUCCUAUGUUCAUCGGGCGGCACAGCGAGCGGCCUGCCGGCCUGGAGGGAGAUCGUUGGGUUUCCAUCAAGUCGAUGCCCAAUGGAGGGGGAUUCCGGGUAUGAGAUGGCCUCAAGUGCUCUCGGAGACGGUGGACCUGUCCGGUAGGCUGAGAUCGGGAGUUGUUUUGGUUGUCCACGCGGGUGGCAACGACCUAUGUUUCACCAGGGUCCCCGAGUUGAUAACCAUUAUGAAAGCGGAUGUGGAACGGCUCGGUGGAUUUUUCUCCGAGAUGGUUCUGGUGUGGUCGGAGAUUGUUCCACGGGUAAAAUGGCAGGGUGCCAGGGAUGCAGAGGCCAUUGAGCGGUCUCGCCGUUUAGUUAAUUCCAGGAUGGCGAGGUUUGUUCGGUCCAAGGGCGGUGUGGUGGUCAGGCACAGGGAGCUGGAAGGGGAUAAUAGGAGGUUUAUGAUAAGCGAUGGUGUCCACCUCAACGAUAUUGGGCUGGACAUCUUCCUUUCUGGUCUUCAAGAUGGCGUUGAACAGCCCCUUUUUGUAUUGAGUGGGGGUCGGAGCUCCGUGUAG